CCCACAGAACAUCCAUAACCCACGUUCAAUGCGGACUCCUUUCACGCGAACGUAUCUAGGAGAUAUCACGGGCUGGCACGCUCCGCUAAGCCCCGUUCCGAAUUCGAAAAAUGAUUCAGUCAACACGAGUCACACGAGCACAGCUGUCAAAGCAAACAUGGCCACCAAAACCCCGGAGAGUGAAAAGUGGAGGCGACGCAAAUUGUCGAAGAACAUCGACAAUGACAACGACUGCGCCAGUUUGGCGUGGCUCUUAAACUUCAGGCUGGACGAAGUGGUCAAUGUGAGGGUGCCUGAUGACGAACCGGUCGUGAAAGAAGCGAAGGUGGAUGUGGAAUCGCCAGCGGUGAGGAAGCCCCCGUAUACUUAUCCUGAACUGAUUGAACGAGCGCUCCGGGAGAACGGAGAGCUGACUGUAUCCGGGAUCUAUCAGUGGAUAUCUGAUCGUUUCCCGUUCUAUAAAGCCAACGACGAACGCUGGAAGAAUUCCGUUCGACACAAUCUCUCCAUAAACCCACAUUUUCGUAAAGGAGCCAGAGCACCGCAGGGGGCCGGUCAUCUGUGGUCUCUGGCCGCUAACGCCAUAGACCUGCUGCCGUUGAGGAAUACGCCCAUGCCCGAAGAAAAGGCGGCCGAGCCACUUCACACUGCCAAAAUAAUUGGUUUCCCUAAAGUAAUCGUAUUGGACGAGGCUGCCAUAGCAGCAGCAAGCAUUAUUCCCGAUCAAGAUUUGUUCAGUGGAAGCACAAUGUUCCUGAAUCCAGUCUCCGCAGAGCAAGUGAUCAGGGAAUGCGGUCUGAUCACUGUCGAUUGAAGAUCUCGUCUUUCGCGUUUCGAGAUUGUGAAGUGAUUUUGUUUUAACCUUAACGUUUAUAUGCACACGGUAGGGUUGAACGUUUCUGUUACCGCAUUGUUAUUCUCGUACAGGGUUGCACCCGAUCGAAUGAUGACUAUUGACUUUUACUUUUCGAAUAAAAAAUUUCAAAAGAUAACACGUUCUCUUGAAGAUAUAGUAUAUGUAGGUACGUAUAGACUGGUGAAAGGCUAUUUAGUUUAAGCGACAUUUUUGCAACUUUACAGGGCAGCCAAUUAAAGUUAAAAUUUGGAAUAAAAUAUCGUGACAAAAAACUUCUUCAGCUGUUUGAAUGGCGUAAACUUAAUUGAAUGAAAAAGCAUCGGAUCGUUGUUAUAUUUUUAAUUUUUUCAUCAUAGACAUCUACAGCGUAAAUGUGCCACACACCUUGAGAUAUAAGUUCUAAAGUAUCAAGUAUAGUUACAACGGCUGCCCCGCCCUUCAAACCGAAACGCAUUACUGUUUCACGGCAGAAAUAGGCAGGGCAGUGGUAUCUACCCGUACGGAUUCACAAGACGUCCUACCACCAGUACUACAAUCUACUACAAAUACUAAUAUCACAUAAAAAGGAUAUUUAAUUACAAAUUUCGCAUACUAACCAAAAUGUUGCUUAAACCCAAUAGCCUUUUACCCCUGGAUUUAAAUACAGUGAGUGCAACUUUUUUUUAAAUUUGAAUUCCUCACUAAACUAAAGUGACUUAAAAUAAUGCUAUUCAAGUCCAAAUUGUUCAUAUGGUUAGAUCUCACUUCGUGUCUCUGAUAUCGUGUUUUACAUUUCUCAAAGCAAAGCAAUAUGAAAGAUAGAUAGUUUAGUGGGAGCCAAAUAUUCUGAAAGAUGGUACUUGUUUGAGUACUUUAGGCUGAUGUGUCAUCAACAUGAAUUUCAACAACAUAAUAUAGUUAAUGUAAAAUUUGUGUGUUAAUUUUAAUUUUAACAAUCAAUUCCAAAAUAAAUUGUAGCAAAAGGUCUGGUAUCCCCAGUUUUAAGGGAAGAAAGGUAUUUAAAUUUUUUUCAACGAUUUGUCCUGAAUGAUGAUAUAUUUGAUACUGAAUAACAAUAACCGCGGCUAAAUCACUUCAGAGGUUCUUCUCGGAGCCCAUCUGACGAUUCUUAGUAGUAAAUAGCUAAUGUAAGAUAAUUUAUUUGAUAGUCAUUAGAUUUAAUAAAUUUAUUAUUAGUAAAUAAA